CUAGGAGAUUAUUGUGAGUUUGGGUUGGAGGAAUCAAGAGCAAUAGAAAGUCCAAGCUUUGUUUUCGGAAUCCGAAGGUUACUGCAGACAUAGGUAUCAUUUUGUUUUGAUUUAUUUUAUUUAUAUUAUAUCUUGAUAUUAAAUGGGAGUCUGAGUUCUCUUGAAUUUGUUGUGAACUUAUUCUGAGUUUCAUUCGAUGUUUACUUUGCAUUGGGAAUUUCUUGAUUUGGACAUGAAAUUGUGGAAUUAUCGCGUAAAAGGGUUCCGUUGGGCUUGGUUUAGGCUUAGGAUCUAUUUUCCUAUUUUUAGAAAAUUUUCUGGAAUUUUUCUUGAAAUUUUUUAAGUUGUUGGAAAGUGCAGAGUUGGGCCGGAAUUCAACCGGAGCACCUUCGCAAACUUAGCAACCCAACUACUCUGCUAAUAUCUCAGUUUAAAGUUACUUCAUGGUUAGGUGAUUCUGUCAAUUUCUCACAAUUCAGAAGGUAACCAAAAACACAGAAAAGCCAGGAUGAAGAGGGUAAAAGGUAUCGAUGGUGCAUCCUAGGGUUUCAUCGCUUGAAUCUCCAAGUGUGGCAUCACUUAGCACUCCAAUCAAAACAGGUAAUAAAUACAUCAAUCUGACUAGCCUACAUCUGUUGAUAUCUUGAAGCAUUUGGAAUCCAUGUUUUGUAUUUAAACUACUGAUAACUUGGGGUGAGCAACAAGUUUUCUGUGUGUUUUUGCUUGAUUUUCAUAUGGAAGGAAGAGUGGCACAAUUUUGCUGGUGUUUAGAAUUAAAUGGAAUGUGGAGGAAGAGGUAAAUAAAGGUAGUAUUUUGUUUUAUUUGCAUAAAGUUUU